AUGGAUAAUACUACUCAACCAACGCAACAAGCUACACAGGCAACUCAGCGAUACCUGAUCGAGAAGUUUUCACAGGAGCAGAUCGAUGAUAACAUUGUUUGCAGGGUUAUAUGUACCACUGGUCAGAUUCCUAUCAGGGAUCUCCGAGCUGAUGUAAAUGAUAUUAUUAAUGAGAAAGAGUCAAUUAAAAAAGUGUGGUCAUUUGGUAGAAAUCCCAAAUGCGAUUACUAUCUUGGUGAGGUUACUAGACUAUCAAAUAAGCAUUUCCAAAUUUUAUUAGGAGAAGACGGAAAUUUAUUGUUAAAGGAUACAUCUACCAAUGGUACUUGGCUAAAUGGAUUAAGGUUAGAAAAGAAUAGAAAUCAGAUAUUAUCUCAAGGUGAUGAAAUAACAGUGGGCGUAGGUGUAGCAUCCGAUGUCAUAUCUUUAGUAUUAUUUGUGAAUGAUAAAUUCUCUGAAUCAUUGAAACAAGCAAAAAUGAAUUUGAUAAAAUCCAAUGCAAAAACUGGUAGAAAUUCUAAACUUCAAUCAGGUGGAAGUAACAACAUGUAUUCGACUGGAAUCUUUAAAGAUUUUUCUAUUAAAGAUGAAGUAGUUGGACAGGGUGCCUUUGCAAUUGUUAAAAAGGCUGUUGAAAGAUCUACAGGGAAGACAUUUGCUGUUAAAAUCAUAAAUAAGAGAAAAGUUAUGGGCAAUAUGGAUGGUGUAACGAGAGAAUUGGAUGUAUUAAGAAAGCUGGAUCACCCAAGAAUCGUCAGACUAAAAGGGUUUUACGAAGAUGAAGAUAGCUACUACCUUUUAAUGGAAUUUGUUUCAGGAGGUGAUUUAAUGGAUUUUGUUGCCGCACACGGUUCAGUAGGUGAAGAUGCAGGCAGAGAAAUAACAAGACAGAUUUUGGAAGCAGUGAAAUAUAUCCACUUACAAGGUAUUAGCCAUAGAGAUCUAAAACCUGACAAUAUAUUGAUAGAACAAGAUGACCCAGUUCUAGUAAAAAUUACAGAUUUUGGUUUAGCUAAAGUUCAGGGAAAUGGUACAUUUAUGAAAACGUUUUGCGGUACCUUGGCAUAUGUAGCACCUGAAGUGAUUGGAGGUAAAAAUUCUGCUGAAGAAAAUGAAGAUCGGAUUGAAUAUUCUUCUCUUGUUGAUAUGUGGUCUAUCGGAUGCCUUGUAUAUGUCAUCCUUACAGGUCAUUUACCUUUCAGUGGAAGCACACAAGACCAACUGUAUAAACAAAUUUGCAGAGGCUCUUACCAUGAAGGUCCUUUAAAAGAUUUCAGAAUAUCCGACGAAGCAAGAGAUUUUAUUGAUUCGUUAUUACAAGUUAGUCCAAAUAAGAGAUUAACAGCAAUAAAGGCGCUGAAUCACCCAUGGAUAAAAAUGGGUACUUAUACGUCACAAUCAUUUGGAAGUGAACUAUCUCAAGUUUCACUUUCACAAUCAUUAUCACAACAAAAGGUCUUAGAAAACAUGGAUGAUGCCCAAUAUGAAUUUAUGAAGGCACGAAAGAAAAUGCAAUACCAAAGACAGCAAGAAGAAGCAGGACUUUCUCAGCUUACUGAAAAUAAACAAGGUAAAUUUAAAGUACCAACUAGAACACCUGUAUUAUUCACCCAAGCGAGAGCAAAUGAAAAUGAAACUACAGGCACUGAUCGAAAUGCACCACAGCGUGUAGUUAAGAAAGGUGACGGUAAGUUUGUGACACUCCAUCCAAUUGAAGGAAGUCUCAUACAGGAAGCUAUUAUUAUCAAACAAGGCAUAAAUCCUUACUUUAUCGGUAGAUCUGAUGAUUGUAACUGUAAUAUAGAGGACAGUAGACUUUCUAGAGUUCAUUGUUUUAUUUUAAAAAAUAGACAUAUUGUAGGUAACAGCAUCUAUGAAUCACCAGCACAAGGUCUAGAUGAUAUUUGGUAUUGUCAUACAGGUUCAAAUAUCAGCUAUAUAAAUAAUGUUAAAGUCCCUCCUGGGUACAAAGUUUUGUUGCAUCAAGGAGAUGAAAUUAAAAUAAUCUGGGAUAAACAUAACAAUUCUACUAUUGGAUUCAAAAUGGAAAUUAACGACACAACAGGUCUAUUCAAUGAUGGUUCAUCUGUAAAGGGUCAUCAAGAAGCAGUCGUAGAACAGAGAGAAGAUGAAAAAACUCUUGUCAAGAGACUAACACAGAUGAUGGCUGUGAAGAGAGCAGAAGAAUCGAGUUCAAUAUCGUCACCUGUACUCCAUUCAACUCCCCAAUCCCAGAAUCUGAAUGAUGCGAAUAGAACUGCUACAAAUAUUUUAAAACGUGUACAUUCUGUAAGUUUGUCACAAUCUCAAACAGAUCCGAAUAAAAAGGUCAAAAGAGCAGUAUUAGAUCCAGCUUCUAAAGAUAAUAACACAUUACAAUUUCUAUAG